AUGUCACAGCUCGAUGCGCCGACUGGCAAGUAUCGCCAGUAUCUGCCUGAUCUCAAUCUAGAACGGUUUCAAGUUAUGAGUACACAGGAUGCGCAUGAAUAUGCUCAUGCAUUUAAGAAAAUGAAGCAGCCACCAUGGCUGCAUGCGCUAUAUAUGCAUUGGCUAGAUCUUGUGCAGGAACCCUUCAAGGGCGUCACCAGUGACGGCAAUGUACGCCGUGACCUAUUUAAAUUGCAAGACGAAGACGUGCCAAUUGAGGAGAUUGUGUACGCAACGCAGACAUUGCUUUCUUUGCUGGACUCCAAGCAGAAAGACGCUAUAUGCUACCACAUUGAUUCGCCCGAGUGGCGCACAUGGUCAAAUCCAGAGUUCCUUUUAAGCCCCAAGGGUAUUCGACUAGAUGAAGUCAAUAGCAAGGUUCGCGAUGAAGUCAUGAAUAUUAUUAAAACUACGCUUUCUCCGGAGGGCUACGAAAAAGCCGUCAGCGCCAUGCGUAUCAACCAUUUCCUUGGAGAACUAGUUAAGUCGUCCCGAGUCAUGAACGAAUUCUCUUACAACUUCGUACUCUUCGGCAAACCGUCCGCUACUCGGCCCUGGGGCUGGUCAUUCUACGGCCAUCACCUGUGUAUGAACAUAUUUUUGUACAAGGGUCAAAUCAUUGCAUCGCCAUGGUUCACAGGUGCUGAGCCAAAUGAGAUCGAUAGUGGCCCCUGGGCCGGAACUCGAAUCAUGCAGGUCGAGGAGAAACUCGGGUUGGAGCUGAUGCAGUCACUCUCUUCAGAGCUGCAAUCCCAAGCCCGCGUAUACGCUCAGAUGCAUGAUCCGACCAUGCCACCUGGCCGCUGGAAUAAAGAUGAUCAACGCCAUUUGUGCGGUGCCUACCGUGAUAAUCGCAAGGUGCCAUAUGAGGGAAUCCUGGCAUCAAACUUUGACGAAGAGCAGAAAAGACUGAUGUACAGCAUCCUCGAACAGUACCUGCUUUAUCUACCUGCUAAGUCGCGUGCCAUGAAGAUUGAGCAGAUACGCCUCUGGGAGGGUGAGACGUUCUUUUGCUGGAUUGGUGGCUACGGGGAUGAGGACCCUUUUUACUAUCGCAUCCAAAGCCCAGUUAUCCUUGUUGAGUUUGAUCACCACUCGGGUGUCUUCUUGAAUAACGAAGAGUCAAAGAAGUUUCAUAUUCAUACUCUUCUUCGAACUCCUAAUGCUGGUGACUAUGGUCAAGCACUUAAGGCACAAAUUCCGGCUAUUACUGAGAUGUUUGAAUGGGAAGGAAAUGGGUUGGUAGAAUAG